GUUAUAUUUUAAAUAUAUUUUUUUUAUAUAUCCAUCAUAUCUAUAUCUCAUGGCAGAGGUUAAGAUGAAUGGACAUCCUCUUCUUAGAGGAGGAAGGAGAUCAAGCGGAGAUAUUGAGUACGAGCAUGGGUUAUCUUCUUCGCAAAUGAAAUCAUUGUCUGCCAUUUGUGAGGCUCUUAUACCUUCAAUUGCAAUGGAUCAGGAUGAACCAGUCCAUCUCAUGAUGAAUAGUAAUAAUGGGAAGGAUAAGAAGCAACUCAUGAGUUAUAAAGCUAUGCAGGACUUCUAUCUUGCUUCUGCUUCUCAUCCCCCAUUCCCUGAUGAGGUUGCAGAGUUGAUGGUGAAGAGGGGACAACGAGAGGCAAUUACUUUGGUUGGAUUUGUGUUAUGGCUCUUGUCCACAAGAUUUGGGACGCUCAUUUUAUGUGGCUCAUUGAGUUUUUCCGGAGGAUUUCCAUUCAUGAUCAAAAAGUUCUCAGACAUGGCACUGGAGAAAAGGGAAGCUGUGCUUCAGGGAUGGUCAAAAACCAAGUUUUUCACACCUCUGAGACUUGUGUUUUUUAUGGUCAAGAUCUUCUGCUGCUACACCUUCUACUCUUUGGUCCUUGAAGACUCAGAGAACAAAUCAUGGAAUGCAAUUGGCUAUGGUAUUCCCUCAGACACAGAAUCAAGCGAGGCACAACAACAAGAGGGAAGACCUCUUGAGAAGGGAAUCAUAGAAACCAAAGAUCACAAUGACUCUUCUCUCGUUGAAGCCUUCAAGAGAAGAGGACUAAAUGUCACACUUGAUCCAAAACAAAACCUGUACCAAAUUGAGUGUGAUGUUGUUAUAGUUGGUUCAGGUUGUGGUGGUGGAGUUGCUGCAGCAGUGCUUGCAAGUUCAGGUUACAAAGUGGUAGUCAUUGAGAAGGGGAAUUACUUCACAGCUCAAGACUACACCUCUUUAGAGGCUCCAUCCAUGAACCAAUUGUAUGAAUCUGGAGGAAUUCUAGCAACCUUGAAUGGCAGUAUGUUGCUCUUAGCAGGUUCGACCGUCGGCGGAGGCUCUGUGGUGAACUGGUCUGCUUGUAUAAGGACACCACAUAAUGUGCUCAAUGAAUGGGUGGAAAAACACAAUUUACCGAUGUUUCGCACUUCAGAUUAUGUUUCGGCAAUGGAUAUAGUAUCUGCAAGGCUUGGAGUUAAUGAUAAAUGCAAUGAGGAAGGUUUCCAGAAUACGAUUCUUCGAAAAGGAUGCCAAAAACUUGGUCUGAAAGCAGAACAUGUAGCGAGGAAUUCAUCGGAGAAUCAUUUCUGUGGUUCUUGCUGUUAUGGUUGUAGAACUGGUGAUAAGCGUGGCACUGAUACUAGUUGGCUGGUUGAUGCAGUCAACUGUGGUGCAGUGGUACUGACUGGAUGCAUGGCUGAGAGAUUCAUUAUGAAACAGAAUGAUCAAAUUGGAAACAAGACGAAGAAAAAGAAAUGUUUGGGAUUGAUUGCAAGAGCAAUGGCUGGUGGUGUGACUAAGAAACUGCAGUUUCAAUCCAAGGUGAGUAUCUCUGCUUGUGGUUCUCUACUGACACCUCCUCUGUUGAUCUCUAGUGGCUUGAAGAAUCCGAAUAUCGGCAAGAACCUUCAUCUUCAUCCUGUUAUAUUUGCAUGGGGGUACUUCCCGGAAUCGGAAACAGAAAUCAAAGGCAAGAGUUUUGAAGGAGGGAUCAUCACUUCAUUGCACAAAGUUGGUGACAGUGAGUGUAGAGCAUUAUUAGAGACACCGGCAUUCGGUCCUGGGACAUUGUCUACAUUGGUUCCUUGGGUCACUGGGCAUGACAUGAAACAGAGAAUGGCCAAGUAUAGUAGAACAGCUCAUAUAUUUGCUCUUGUUAGAGAUCGAGGACAUGGAUCGGUGGAGGGCCGAGGCCGGAUAAAUUAUGAAUUAGACGAAUUCGAUAAGGGGAAUCUCCGGGAAGGUCUAAAGACGGCUCUUCGGAUAUUGGUGGCUGCUGGUGCAGUGGAAGUAGGUACUCACAGGAGUGAUGGACAGAGGAUCAAAUGCAAAGGUAUUAAGGAUGAGGACUUGGAGGAGUUCUUGAAUGAUGAUGCAGUGGUUGGUGGACCAAAAUCAAAUGAGGAGCUUUGGACACUAUACUGUUCUGCUCACCAUUUGGGGAGUUGUAGGAUGGGAGUUAAUGAGGAAGAGGGUGCUGUUGAUGAGAAUGGGGAGAGUUGGGAGGCUCAAGGCCUGUUUGUUUGUGAUGCAAGUGUCUUCCCAAGUGCAAUUGGGGUCAAUCCUAUGAUCACCAUUCAGUCCAUUUCUUAUUGUCUCUCUAAAGGUAUUGCCAAGUCUUUGGCAUCAGUUCCUUGAUUAAAAGGUUGAAGAAGAAUUAAUGUCCCUGAAGCUUAUUAUGUUUUCUAGUUUGUAAUGAGUCCUUUAUAAUCAUCCAUGCAUGUCUCAUCUUGUGUAACUUGUCUGUUUUCAACAAGUAAAUGGUAUGUGAUCAAUGCUUUGAAUUGUGUCAA